GAAACGAAGCAGCUGUAACAUUGUUAAACUGUAACAAUUUUUUUCGUUACAGUUUCCUGGAACGCAGAAGACAUUGUUUGCACAGCGUCGUUUGUUGAUACAACAACUCGUGACACUGGAGAAAGAUUAGUGACUGAUAAACUUCUGAUAAACUUCUUAAAUGUAUCGACGUGUAUGAUUUUGUGCGGCUCGCUAACGGAAACCGUUGAAAUGUGUGCGUAGGUUGCAGGUAAAGAGCUACAACGUGACAUAGUUAAUGUAGGCUACAUUGUGUCCAUGGCGCGAAGAUAAGUAGGGUGCGCAAAAUGGAUUAGGAUUUAGUGCUACUGGGACAGAAUGGAGCGCUGGACACAUUAAUUUGACCUUGAUUCUUUUUUUUUUUAUCUGGGUGUAAAUGAUAAUCCAUUUUUAACAUCACGUUUAUGGAGAAGUCAUAUUUCAAUAAACUUUGACCAAGGAAGCCAAUCGCUGCAUGACAGAAAACGACCGUUGAAAUUUGACUUGGCUAGUCAAAUUUGGUCAACCCUGUUAAACAUUUCGAAAUAAAGUUGAUUCAAGCAAAAUAGGGGAACUUUUACAUUGCACAAAGUUAUUAUCAGAAGCCAGUUCAUGGUGAAUUUGGUGGAUCUGGUUUGGUAAUGCACCAUGAUGCUGUUGUAGCCUACGGGGUAUGAACAUAUCUCGUGAAGGAGGAAGGGAGACACGAUGGCACUUUCCCGGCGAAGGAAUCGGUGGAAGUUGAUAGUUUGCCUUUUUGCGGCGUCUAUAGUGGGAUAUUUUAUUUUAAACAGGCAUAAUAAUCACGGUGACAUAGCUGGAACACGUCGAAGAGAGGUUCCAACUGAGCAAGAUAUUGCAAAUGAAAUGCUUAAAAAGCCUGUUUAUGACAAACCGACGUUGGAUUUAAAUGCCUUGGGAGAAAUGGGCAGAGCUGUCAAAUUAAACCUCGUUGGAGAGGAGAAGAGAAACGAAGAGGAAAGUAUUAAUAAACACCAGAUUAAUACCUAUGUGAGUGAUCUGGUAUCUCUCCACCGCAGUCUACCCGAACGAUGGAAUCCUCUUUGUAAGGACCAGAAGUAUGACUAUAGGUCAUUGCCAUCCACUUCAGUGGUGAUCGCCUUCUACAACGAGGCCUGGUCCACACUGCUACGUACUGUCCACAGUGUCCUGGAGACCUCACCCGACAGACUGCUACGAGAGGUGGUGCUGGUGGACGACUAUAGUGACAGAGCUCAUUUGAAGGAGCCGUUAGAAAACUACAUCUCCAGCUUGAAGAAGGUGCAUCUGAUCCGGGCCAGGAAGAGGGAGGGCCUGGUGCGGGCCAGGCUCUUGGGGGCCUCCAUCGCCACGGGCGAUGUGCUGACCUUUCUCGACUGCCACUGUGAAUGCCACAGGGGCUGGCUGGAGCCCCUGCUCGAGAGGAUUAAGGAGGAACCGUCCGCUGUGGUGUGUCCCGUCAUUGAUGUCAUCGACUGGAACACCUUCCAGUAUCUAGGCAACCCCGGGGAACCCCAGAUCGGAGGUUUUGAUUGGCGGCUGGUCUUCACCUGGCACUCGGUGCCAGAGUAUGAGCAGAAACGCAGGCGCUCUGCCAUCGAUGUCAUCAGGUCUCCUACUAUGGCUGGUGGGCUGUUUGCUGUCAGUAAGAACUAUUUCCAUUACCUGGGCACGUAUGACACAGGCAUGGAGGUGUGGGGAGGAGAGAACCUAGAGUUCUCAUUUAGGAUCUGGCAGUGCGGGGGCAGCCUGGAGAUCCACCCCUGCUCCCACGUGGGCCAUGUCUUCCCCAAGAAGGCCCCCUAUUCGCGGAGUAAGGCCCUGGCCAACAGCGUGCGUGCUGCAGAGGUCUGGAUGGACGACUACAAGGAGUUGUACUACCACCGUAACCCCCACGCUCGCCUGGAAGCCUUUGGGGAUGUGACAGACAGGAGGAGGCUCAGGACCCAGCUGGGAUGUAAGGACUUCAAGUGGUACCUGGAGAACAUCUAUCCUGAUAUCCACGUCCCUGAGGACAGGCCUGGGAUGUUUGGAAUGCUGAAGAACAGAGGCAUGUCCAGCUACUGCUUUGACUACAACCCUCCUGACGACCAUAACCUGGUGGGCCACCGGAUCAUCCUCUACCCCUGUCAUGGCAUGGGACAAAACCAGUUUUUUGAGUACUCCAAUGAGAGUAGGGAGAUCCGCUAUAACACCAGGGAGCCAGCAGGGUGCGCUGUGGGGGACGCUGUCUCCAACUACCUGACCGUGCACCUGUGCAGGAAACCCCGGCAGACUGUACCACAGGACCAGAAGUUUGUCCUCAGAGAGGACGACACCCUCUACCAUGUGAUGACGCAGAAGUGCGUCCAGGCCGUGGACAAGACUGACAACGGCACCCCUGCCCCUGCCCUGCGGCCUUGCUCAGACCACGCCAACCAGAAGUGGUUUUUUGAGGAGAGGGGGGCGUAGUGGAACGGGCCAGCCGAAAUCCCUAUCCCUGGGGUAGAGGGUCAACCAAACUCUUACCCCUGGGAUAGAGGGUGAGGGUUGGAGGGCCCCCAAGACCAAUACUCAGGUCCAGCGCCCUUAUGCCGUGGAGAUGACCUGGGUCGUAGUCACUAGAUACAAAACAGAAGAAAAUGGUCCAAAACGGCGAGGUUCUAUCUGAAGUAGUCUAAUAGGAAUAAUUUGUUUUCUGUUGCACACGGUUUGUAAAUGUUGUGCUCUAAUGAAUAUGACCCUGGUCAGGAGAACCGUUCUCACCUCCUGUAUCUAUGCACAACCGUGUGCUUGCUGGACAACGUCAACAUUGACGUUUUCGCACAUUUGUGAAAACCUGGGAGACGAAGGAUGUUGGAAUGGACUGGGAUAUUUAACACAUUUUUAUGUGUGGGAUUUAAUGACCUGUCUGUUCAUCUGACUGAAAGCCACUCCUACUUUUUAUUCUCACUUUCGUUCUUACCUCUCUCUUUCUCUGGAACACAGGACCACUUAGCAGCUGGUCGUGGAUGUUUUUGGGCAUUGCAGUGAUCAUGACAGACUCUUAUGUACUUGCGCAUUACAUUAUAGCUGGAAAUCUCAGACUCAACCUCUAGACGGAGCCAAAGCUUCCAUCUUGUGUGCUGAUCUUUUUCACUCCAUCCAGCAUGUUCUCAGCUCAGUGAUGUGAGUUGUUAAUUGUUCAGGUAUUUUUGGGAGCCUAAUAUUUUGUUUUAUACAUAUUUUAUUUUUUAAAUACGUGCUUACUACUUCAACCAGUCCCUCCAAGAUUUUUUUUUUUUUUGUGAUAUUUUCGGGCAAAAUAAUCUUGCAUGGCAGUAUGCAACAAUUGUGUUCAAUUUGUCGCGAAAGUGCGCUGACGAGAGAAACAUUUGUUGCCGUGUAGCUUGAUUGAACCAUAUUAUGCUGUGAUUGGUUAAUUUGCGCCCCCUCUUUUUGUACUGCGGUAAUGGAUCUGUUUUAUGCGGUAAUAUUGCAAUGAUUUGACUUUUUUAUGCAGAAAUUAGUGUGGUGAUUGGUCAAAUUUGCAAGCCCUCGCAAAAUAUGUGAUGAAAUUUUUGAUUGCACACAAAAAAAUUGCGAUGACAGAAUCGUGGAGGGGCUUUAUAACUUUCGAUUGGCUCCGCUUCUAGGCUUAAGACAACACACAGUACCUCUUUAGCCACACGAUUACUGGUAGUAGGAGAAAUUCCACUCCGGUCUUAAGUUGUGUUCAUGAAUCACAAUUAUGAAUUUGGAUAACUCACGGUAAGCAAUUUAAACAUUUCUGAAAGAAGGAAUACUUGUGGUUUUUCAUUGUUUUUUGGUCUAACAUGCAUCUUGUCAAUGCAGUUGACUCCUAGUGAGAUUGUUAUUUUCCUAAUAGAGUGAAGCUACUAAGACUUAACGUAGCUAUAUUGGGUGUGUUAAUUAUAUUAUAAUUCUUGUUUAUUUUAAAUGAUAUAUUUACUCAAUGUUUAUUUACUUACUUAUUGAUCAUCGUUGAUGUCAGCGUGGAUUUAUUAAUUCAGCACUAAGUUAAAUGAGCCACUUGACUUUAUGUAUUGCAAUUGCAAUAACAAAUGGGGAAAACAAUUGUUGACAAUAAAUGUUCCUUAAGGCCAUCAUUUGGGCCAUUUUACCCAGAAGUGCCUUACCUGAUGCAAAAAGAGAUAUGGAAAGAUACGCAUGGAAUUCUAAAACAAAUCCACAUUUUUAUUAAAAGAGAUUAAGGACAAAUCUCAAAUGAUACCUACCUUAUCCCUAUAUAGUGUACUAUAGUGCAGGGGUACUCGCCUACUAUUUGAGAAGGUCCGGUCACAUACAUUUCCUCUGUGGCAAUGGUCCGGAUGGAUAUUGUAAUUUGUCGUAGUAACAAACCCUAACGUUGCGACCCCCAAGCUGUUCAAACUGUUUACACCCCUCUUUUUGCCAGAUAUAAAAAAUAAAGUUGCUGUUUUUUAAAACAAAUUUCCUGCAAUUCUACACAUGUUGACAUGUCUUAUGUGUGUUCAUAUGAUACCUGAGUGGCUCAACAAAAUCAGCCGGGGUUCCCUUGGGAUGGAGGCCCCUGGGCAUGUAAUCUGGCCACGAUAACUACAAGAUGUAGGUAGCUGGUUAGCCUAACUUUCCUAUCUAGUUGACAUGCGCUAGUGGUAAUUAACUGGACAUUUUUCUGACAGGUUAUAAAUAGCUCUCUAAGGUCUGUCAGUGGAGGAAGGAAAACUGUCCAUACACAACCAAAUUUCAAGAUAUUGCCUUGUGCAUUCUACUAUUAUAACUCAACAGUAAGUUUCAUUUCCCAAAAAAUAAAUACUAUUUAUUUAUUUAGUCAGGACCUGCGGUCCGUAUUGACCCUGUUCUGGGUCCGGAUCCGGAACCGCCAGUUGGCUGCUAUAGGGCGUAAGGUGUCAUUUGAGAUAUAGCCUAAGUGUACUUUAAGAUUGAUAUCUUAUGCAAGGAGAUUGUGGGUGAAUGGAGUGCUGCAUUGAUCCCUGUUCGCUUAGCCUAGUGGUAUGGCUGUUGCGUUUAGGGGGACGUUGGACACACACUCACUAACACACAUGCAUACACACACACACACACACACACACACACACCGGAGUUUACGUGCAGGAUCUCUGGAUCACUUCAAUUGAAAUAGGGAUAUGAGAUUUGAUUUAUACCUUUUUAUAUCCCAUGGCCACAGUUCAUAACAUGUUUUCUAAGUACAUUGACAAGAGUCAGUUUUAUUUAAACACGACCGGGUGAAUCACAAUAUGUCAACCUAUUGAUUUUGGACAGGGUCCAAAGUAGUGCACUAUAGAGUACCAUUUGGAAUGCAGACAUAUUUUUGCGCCAGGGAGUUGAAUAAAUAUGAGAUUGUUUUUCCUGAGUUAUAGUAGCGUUAUUUACGGUUUUCUUAGUCAUCUGGUAUUCCAGGCAUGUCCCUACAUUGUAAAACAUGUUUUAUUGUAUGUUAUUUGACAUGGUAUAUGGCCGCAGCAAAAUUGAUAAGUGACCAUUCACCUGGUUUGCUUAAUAUCUUUCUGGCAGGUCAUAGAAUGGCGUGGCGCUCCUCUAUCACCGUACAUCAUAAAGUGUGAUGUUCUGUCUGUUUGGGACACAGUACUCUGGAUGCAUCCCACAUGGCACCCUGUUCUCUAUGUUGACAACUACUUUUUAAAAUCAAUAUGCUGGAUCCAACUGGAUUUAAUUCUAAUGCUGUUCAUUCCAUGUGGCCUUUACCAUCAUAAAAAAAAAUUGUUAUUAAUUCAAGAUAUUUUUAGGAACUGUCCAUAAAAUGGAAUCGAUUGGAUGAAACUGAGUUUGUAAUCAUAUUAAUGUACCAUUUUUCUAGUACCAUUCUGGAAAAAGUAUUUAAUGUGUAAUGUUUCAUUUCUGAAUAAUAAUAAUACAAAGUAAAACUUUUAAGAAUUGUAUUCUUGGUUGGUAUGUAUGUAUUUUCUUCAAACCACAUCAGGUACCAGUCAAAAGUUUGGACACACCUACUCAUU